AUGCGCGAGUUCAAAGUUCCAGACGGCUCGCGAGACUCCGUGGAGAAAGUACUAGAAGACGUCAAAGCCUGCACUGCACAUGGUGUUGAAUACGACGGUCGUGGUGCACCACGGGACGGUCACAACAAGGCUCAAACAACAUACAUGGUCAACGAGUACCGCAGUUCUGUUGACGAAGGCCAUGUCGGUCAGUCACCGGUGUACUGUUUGUCAGGUCGAAUGAACCCUGUUGUCACGCCGCUGCAGCGCCUGAAACAAGGAAGCCCUGAUGAAGACUCUGCAUGGGCAAUCGCGUGUUGUGGACUUGUCCAGCAGUUCGGAGUUCACAUUCCUGCCACAUAA